AUGAAGUUUGGUGCGUUUGUUCUUGCCUCUGCUGCCGCGGCUAGACAGUCGGUCGUGUCGUUGUCGUCGACGGAAAAGGCCAUCUUGGGUGUCGAGUUGGCCGAGUGGGAGAACGAAUUCGGCUCGUUCGCCACUGAACACGGCCUCCUCCCCCGCGCCCCCGCCACGGAAAGCGCCCGCACGGAAGAAGCCAUCCUCGACGACAAGUUGCAGCGCUUGCUGGACACCAAGUUCGAGGCGGAGCUGGCGCAGGAACAAAACCCCGACGCCGUCUUCAGCUGGAAGAACCCUUUCGCCCUCCUCAACGAAGCCGAGUUCAAACGCCACGUGGCCAUUUCGUUUGAACGGGAUGGUCAGCAAUUCCUCAAUGGCACCAACGAAGUCGAAGUCGCCCCCCCGGCGUCCCAUAGGGAAGCUGCCGUUGACUGGUCGACCCGGUGCAACCCGCCCGUGCGCGAUCAGGGCGAGUGCCUGUCGUGCUGGGCACAUGCAGCGGUGGGGGUUGCGGAGGCGGCCCACUGCAUCGCCACGGGGAACCUCUUGAGUUUGUCUGUCCAGCAAGUCACGAGCUGCUCGACCAAGGGGGGCAGCGCCGGCUGCAACACCGGGUUUCCUUCGUACGCCAUCGACUACGCGGCCGAAGGACUGUGUCUGGACAGCGCGUGGCCGUACCGAGGCCAGACUGGCACGUGCAACAACCAAUGCUCCAAGCAGCGCUUGGCCAUCGGCACUAGCGCCCGCACGUCGGGUGAAAGCGGACUCUCGAACGCACUCUACAACCAGCCGGUGGUCGUGGCCGUGGCGUCGGCCAACAACGUGUGGAAGAACUAUUCGUACAAGAUCAAGAACUCGUGGGGCACGCGAUGGGGGGAUGGUGGGUACAUCUACCUGCGCGCCAACGCCGGCGGCAGGGGCACGUGCAACGUCGCGGAAUACGUGUUCUUUCCCAAACUCGGCGCGUCCCCCUACCAGCCCAAGCCCGGCUGCGGCAACUGCAACGCGUGCUACUACCCCGGCGACAACUCGUGCUUGUCGGACUUUAACAAGGCCGACUGCGAGUACUACAGCGCCAUGCACGGCACCAAGUGGUGCGCCAACUAG